CUGCGUCGUUAGCAGCAGAUGAAAAAAAAUAUAUAAAUAUAUAUCUCACUUUGCUUCGGCGAAAGGACGCGUUGUUUCAAAGGGAAAUAACUGAAGGUAGCACCACAGAGGACCUGUGCCUGUGCCCACCUUGGGUUCACCUUCCCUCACCAGAAAACCUUCAAACAGGAUACAUAACUAGAUGAGAGGAAGGACCUGAAGAAGACAGCUGAAGAGUGAGAGGAAGCAAAUAAGGGAGGAAACGGAUUCUCAAUAUUCCAAUGAUACAUCCAUUUCAGUGAGUCAGCCGACUUCUGAGAGUAUGAAGACCAGCUGUGUCACCCAGCACUGCAGCCCAACAAAACAUGGCCUAACAUGGGUCCUCUACUAAUCAACAUGAUGACCGUAAAGCUGUGACUGACAGUGAGAAGCCUUCACCCCUUUUUCAGCACCCAAACCAGACCCGUCUCCUCUCUGGAAGUUCUUCAACCUUUCUAACUUCCCUUUUUCCUGCAAACACAACCUCCUUUCUUUCCUGUCAAUACAAUUCUUAGUAAUUAUAGCACUCUCUUUUCUUUCCACUGGCACCAUGCAAGGUACUUUUACCACCUCCGGUCUCCUUCUCCUUAUUAUUCCCUCCCUCAUAUUCUUCUCCCACUUUCCCAACACGGUCAAAGCAGACUGCUGGCUCAUUGAGGGGGAUAAAGGGUAUGUCUGGCUGGCUAUCUGCAGUCAAAAACAGCCGCCAUAUGAAACUAUCCCACAGCACAUUAACAACACAGUCCAUGACUUGAGAUUGAAUGAGAACAAGCUGAAAGCUGUGCUCUUCAGCUCCAUGUAUCGCUUCACCAACCUGACAGACCUCAACCUCACCAAGAAUGAAAUCAGCUAUAUUGAGGAUGGAGCCUUUGCAGGACAAGCCAACCUACAGGUUCUUCAGCUGGGUUACAACAAGCUGGCAAACUUAACUGAAGGUAUGAUGAGAGGACUCGGCCGCAUGCAAUGCCUCUUUCUCCAACACAAUCUAAUUGAGGUUAUUGCCACCAAUGCAUUCUGGGAGUGUCCCAGCCUCAGCAGCAUUGACCUGUCAUCCAACAAACUUGCCCGCAUUGACCCUUCCACAUUUGCAGUUCUAUACCGGCUGAUGGUGUGUGAACUGGCAGCAAAUCCAUUUCAUUGUGGCUGUGAUCUUUAUAGCUUCCUAAUGUGGUUGGAGUCCUUCAACAAUGUCACACACACCUAUGAUCGCCUCCAGUGUGAGACACCCAGGGAGAUGUUUGGUUUCCCCCUACUGAGUCCUAUUGCUGCUGGCCAUGCUGGUCGCAAUGCCAAAAACAUUCUGUACCAUCACUGCCGAGAUGGAGUGAUGAUUCCAGGAAUGACCUCUCUCCCGCCAGACCUAGAUGGUCCUUCUGGGAUUGGACCAGAGAUGUUUGGAGGUGUGGGGCCCUACCACCAGCCCACCACCUCUUCUUCAUCUACUGAACACAGCUUCACUCCUAGCAUCAAGCUCCAUCAUGUCUCUUUGUCGUCAGCCUCCCUCCUUGUGCAGAUUCCAAGACCCUUCAGCAAAAUGUAUAUUCUAACGCAAUACAACAACACAUUUGUGUCUGAUGUCAUGAGCUUGAAGAACAAGAAGGAGAUGAUCACUCUCAACAAGCUCAAGCCACAUAACAAUUACACGUUCUGUGUGGGAUCCACCCGCAACUUUCAGCGUUAUAACCACACUUGCAUCCAGUUUUCCACUCGCGCUCAAAAUAAUGAUGACAUGCUCCCUACACCUUCUACCACUACUCACUACAUAAUGACCAUUGUGGGUUGCCUUUUUGGCAUGCUCAUUGUUUUAGGCUUUGUCUAUUAUUGUCUACGUAAGAAACGGAUGCAUGAUGAGAAGAAGAAGUCGGUUUGUGUCAAAAAGACUAUACUGGAAAUGCGCUAUGGACCAGAGGUGGCGGCAGCAGUGGCAAAUGAUCCAUCAGCAGUCCACAAACUUCAGGAGCAGUCCAGAGAACAUCAUCAGUAUCAGCACCACCAUGGAGGCAAACUCCCCAUGUCAACAUCCUCAAGCUCAGGAAUGCUACAUUCAGCUAACACCAGUUCCUCCAGACUUUCCUCUAUCCCUCAAGUGGAAAAAAUGGCCACUGCCUUUUCAGAGGCCAUGGCUACAAAUAAAGGAAACUAUAUGGAUAUCAGAUGUGGAGGGGUAGGUAUAGAUAGGGUGGGAGAUGGCAGGCUUGGAGGGAUGAGGGGGGAAGACUUCAGGGAUGAUGAUGGAUCUGAUGUUGGGGAAGACUCAGACGAUGACGGUCAUGGCUCUGCAUCAGAGAUCUCCACCAUUGCCAUGGAGGUGGACAAGGUUAACCAGAUCAUUAACAAUUGCAUUGAUGCACUGAAACUGGAUGCUGCAACAGUUUCUGCUUCAGGUGUAUCUACUAACCCUACAUCCUCCUCCAAUCCCACCUCCCCUCCUCCCACCAGUGCAUCUUCUAUUAAUCGUGGCCUAAUCCCACUCUCCCAAGGGAUGACAGAGACGUGCCAAGUCAUUACUCCCAACAAAAUACCUCCUCCACCUCCACUCCCUGGCUUGAAUGCCCCUCUCUCUGAGCGUCCAGGGAUCACUGGUGGUGGCUUUGUCAUUACUCCGCCCUACAGGCCCCCUCCACCAGCCACUGCUGUGCGCCCCAUUCAGCGGCAAAUGAGUGCAGAUGCAGCUGUGAUUGUUGUAAAUGCUGUCAAGAAACAGAGCAGCACCACCUCUUGUGGACCCAUGGAAUGGGACAGGGAACGUGGAGGAGCUAGGGUGUAUAGCCUGGAUAUUCCUGAGCCAAGGAGCCCAGAUGCCUGUAAUCAACAACAGCAGCAGUACUCAGACCGGGCCAGUCCCAUGAGCUGUGUGGAGCCCCUGGAGAGACUGCCUUUAGUGGGAAGCGGGAGCUGCGGCGGAUGCGACAGUGGUGGUGCUGGUGCACAUCAGGACAGCCAGAACCCACACCAUUACCAUCAACAGCAGCAAAUACAACAGCAGCAGCAGCAGCUAGAGGUGCAGCAGGACUACCACUGCUCGGAGCAUCGCCACUCUGUCCCAGCUCUCUACUAUGAAGGCUCCCGCCAGGGAUCCCCAGCCCAGAGAGUUUCAUUCCUAAAGCCCCUGACACGCUCCCGAAGGGAUGCAGCAUCUUACUCCCAGCUUUCGCCUGCCCGUCACCAUUCCAGUUACUCUGGCUACUCCUCCAGUCCAGAGUACUGCUCAGAAAGCUCUCUGCGCAUCUGGGAGCGCUUUCGUCCCUACCGGAAAGGCCAGCGGGAUGAGGCCUGUUAUGUGAUGGCCGGAAAUGCCCUUCGAAAAAAGGUGCAGUUUGCCAAAGGCGAGGACCUGCAUGACAUCCUUGAUUAUUGGAAGGGUGUGUCAGCACAGCAAAAAUUGUGACUAGGGGACCAGAAUUAAGCAUUGUGGCUAAAAAGAGUUAGGAUGCUUUCUUUCCUGAGAGGCCUGUGGGGACAGAUCAUCAUUUAAUCAUUUAAAGUUAAUGGGGAAAAAUGUAGAACAUUUU